AUGGAGAAUGAUGUGUACAAUGCUCAAAUGAACAUGACUGGUCAAAUUUCAUCUGUCAUAGAAGAUAUCACACAUCAUCUAACUCAAAAGCCACUCAUUCAUCAUUGCUAUUCAUUUGAUCUUAACAACCAAAACAUUAUCAAUGGAAUUCCAAUACUUUCUGGAGAACAAAAUCAAGAACAUCAACAUGUAAGUAGUAAUGGCCAUGCUAUUGAUGGUGGUAGCACUAGCAGCUUCAUGAAUCAUCAAACUAUUGCUGAUUCUACUUCAUUUGUUUCAUCACACCAAGGAAGGACUAUUGUGGAAAAUCCCUCAAAUCCCUCGAAUCUCAUUGUUAACAAUGAUUUUCAUGAUAAUUUAGAAGCUAUGGUACCUUACAUGUUCAAUAAUUGGCAAGAUACUUCAAGUUCAAACCCUUUUGGUCAAAAUAAUAGCUAUGUUAACAAGUAUAUGAAACCUCAAGAGGGUAAUGAUGGAACUGAAUUCAUGUCAUAUUCGACAAUACCGAACAUUGAUCCAAAUGGAUGGCAACCAUCAAAUCUUGCUUAUAGUUCAUCUAAUUGUAGCAAUGAACUUUCACUAAGUCUUGCAACAUCUCCGAAUUCAGGUCAGUGUUCGGAGAUUAGUUGCUCUGACUUGACUCAUAGCAUGAAUGGAACUAGAUCAGGGUUGGAACAAGCUUCUUGUAGUAGUAUGGAGCUUUCUAUGAGUUUAGGUAACGAUAAACAUGUUAAAUUCUCGCCGGCGUUAUUAGGAUCGAGAUACCUUGCUGUAAUUCAGGAGAUACUUGUUCAAAUUGCAACUUAUUCUUUUGAGAAUCUAGAUGAGAUAAGUUACUCAGGUUCUGGUGUUAGAGGACAAGGAAAUAAAUCAAGUUCGUCGAACACGACAAAAAGAAGGAUAGGAAUAAACCGAGAUGCGAAUUCUAAGUCGGAAGCGUAUGCUGAUUCUUCGCUUCAAAGACAGGCUGCUGAAUCAAAGAAAUCACAACUUCUGAUGCUUCUACAGCUGGUGGAUAAUCAAUAUAGUCAAUGUUUAGAUGAGGUUCACACUGUUGUAUCUGCAUUUCAUGCUGCUACUGAGCUGGAUCCACAUAUCCAUGCACAUUUUGCUGUCAAAACGGUUUCUCGACUCUAUAAGGAUUUGAGAGAGCGGAUAAGCAAUCAAAUUCUUGCCAUGGGAUCGAAUUUCAAUAGCUCGCGUUCGGAAGAGGAUAAGGAAUUGUCUUUGGAAACUUCAUUCAUUCAGAAGCAAUGGGCUCUACAACAGCUGAAAAGGAAGGAUCAGUUAUGGAGACCUCAAAGGGGCUUGCCAGAAAGAUCAGUUUCCGUUCUACGCGAUUGGAUGUUUCAGAAUUUCCUCCAUCCGUAUCCUAAAGAUGCAGAGAAGCAUUUACUUGCGAUAAAAAGUGGAUUGACGAGAAGUCAGGUAUCUAACUGGUUUAUAAAUGCGCGUGUUCGGCUAUGGAAACCUUUGAUUGAGGAAAUGUAUGCUGAAAUGAAUAGAAGAAAAGCUUGUAGAAAUGAAGGAGAAAAUGAGAGUAGUGAAAGAAGCAGGAUAAGCAUAAACAAUCAAAUGUUUAAUAUCAACUGA